AUGGACGUUGACGGAGAAGCUGAUCGCAGGCGAAACCCUCAAAUUAUGGAGACGGGUUCGGAUUCAAUCAAAGAUAAGAUCGCAGAGCCUUCAUGGUUUUCCCCCAAAAAGCUUCUCUUUGUGUUUUGUGUAGUCAACUUAAUAAACUAUAUAGAUCGAGGAGCUAUAGCAAGUAAUGGUAUCAAUGGGAGUCUUGGUACUUGCACUUCAGGUGGUACAUGUUCAGCUGGCAGUGGAAUACAGGGAGAUUUCAACUUGAGCAAUUUCGAAGACGGAUGUCUAUCAUCUGCUUUCAUGGUUGGACUUCUUGUGGCCUCUCCUAUAUUUGCUUCGUUAGCAAAGAGUGUUAAUCCGUUUAGACUUAUCGGAGUUGGAUUAUCAGUCUGGACUCUCGCUGUGAUGGGCUGUGGUUUUUCGUUUGAUUUUUGGUCCAUCACAAUCUGUCGCAUGUUUGUUGGUGUUGGUGAGGCAUCAUUUGUAAGCCUCGCUGCCCCAUUUAUCGACGAUAAUGCCCCACGUGAUCAGAAAUCAGCAUGGCUUGCUAUGUUCUACAUGUGUAUUCCGACAGGCUAUGCUCUUGGAUACGUAUAUGGUGGUCUGGUGGGGAUUGUUCUUCCGUGGCGUGCUGCAUUUUGGGGAGAAGCAAUACUUAUGCUUCCUUUUGCUGUUCUAGGUUUUGUUAUCAAACCCUUGCAUUUGAAAGGUUUCGCUCCGGAUGAUACAGGAAAAAACCGGACAGAUACCUUAAAUGUUUUGCCAACGAGUUAUGGGUUCUCAGCUGUCAUGAAAGAUCUGAAAAUACUUUUGGUAGAUAAAGUCUACGUUACAAACAUUCUCGGAUAUAUUGCGUACAACUUUGUUUUAGGCGCAUAUUCGUAUUGGGGGCCAAAGGCUGGUUACAACAUAUACAAGAUGGAAAACGCUGAUUUGAUAUUUGGAGGGGUCACAGUUAUCUGUGGAAUCGUUGGCACAUUGUCAGGAGGAGUUGUUUUAGAUUUCAUGGAUGCUACAAUUUCAAAUGCUUUCAAGCUUCUUUCAGUUUCAACAUUUAUAGGAGCGAUAUUUUGCUUUGCUGCAUUCUGUUUCAAGAGCAUGUAUGCAUUUUUAGCUCUUUUUGCUGUUGGUGAACUUCUCAUCUUUGCCACACAGGGUCCUGUGAAUUUUAUAGUUCUCCAUUGUGUCAAACCAAGUUUGAGACCACUCGCAAUGGCCAUGUCUACUGUCUCUAUCCAUAUCUUUGGAGAUGUUCCUUCCUCACCACUCGUUGGAGUUCUUCAGGACCAUGUGCACAAUUGGAGAGUGACUUCGCUUGUUCUUACAUUUGUACUCUUUCCAGCUGCUGCAAUUUGGUUCAUAGGGAUUUUCCUGAAUAGUGUUGAUCGAUAUAACGAAGAUUCCGAAGCUGAUUCAGUGACAAGAGAUUCAACCGUUGCACCCCUUCUCGAGGAAGCAUGA